AUGUCUAAAAAGUGUGAUGCGAGCCCUUGUUUCUCCGGUACCGUUCGCAGUGGCAAAGUUGAGUGUGGAAAAUGUCGCAAAUCCUUCCACCUCAAGUGUGCUAGUUUGAAUAGCAACCAGCACAAAGCCGUACGCGAUUGUCCCGGAGCCUUUUGGUUUUGUCAGUUGUGCCGUAGCUCUGGAAUCCAUCAGCAUCAACCAAUACAAAACCCUACACUCGAUCUCAUUCUACUCCGUAUAACAUCUAUAAUGAAACUAGUUGGCCUACAAAUCGAUGCUACUCGUGCUUUGUGUCGCAAUCUUUCCAACGGACCACCACGCCCCAGUAACUGCAACCAGCCUCAUAGCCAACCCACCCAUCCCAACGCUACUGUUAACUUCGAGGAAGAGCUGAAUCGGAUGCACUUCUCAUUCUCCGAAAUCUUCAACUCACUCAUGCCUGGCGACGAUACUUCCUGCGGAAACAAACGAGACCGUACCUCAAGUUUCAACUCAUCUCGACGGCCACGGGAAGAUAAGCGACGGAGAGUUGAUGUUUCAAUCGAUGCACCUGUGAACACCUGCGCUAUUGAUGAUAUUGCAUCUGCUGCUGCUAAUUCCGAGCUCAUACCGACUACUACUACGCCGCCGACUAACGUUAUUACUACUGCUGCACCCAUUGCCAUCGAACCUACUGCUACUGCUGUGUGCUUUACCGAAUCAACUGCUGCUAUAUCAACUGCCACUGCAUCUGCUGCGAUUGCAUCAAAUGAUGCAUCUAAUAUCAUCGUUUUGCCUUCUUAUACCGAGACCACUGCCGUCACUGGUCUUGCUGCACCCACUACCGCCAUAGCCACUUCCCAUGCCACUGUUACACCUAUUUCAAUAGCAAAUACUACUGCUGCACCUGCUAUUGCCGCACCACCUCGCCCAUCUGCUGCCGCUGCACCACCUGCAAUUGCUCCAGUUUUCGAAACCAUUCCAUCGCUGAUCACCCCAGCAUAUGCUGCGCGUUCAUUUGCUCCCGCCGCAGCUGCCAUGCGCACUAACAGCUCCACAUCCGCUUCCCACAACGCAAAUACUGCUAACGCAACCGUAUGUUUCAACACCGGCGCCAGUGUACGUGCUGUCGUCGAUGAUCAACCCCACCGUCACAGUCAACAAUUUCUACAGCAGCCCACGGUUCCCGGAUCACAGUUUGCCAUACAAAGCUUAAGUAUUCCUAAUUGUAUUAAGUGGGUCUCCUGUCCCGCUAAGUACCUCUUCCCUGACAACUCAUUAUCCACCGUUAGUCACCUAGCAACAGAACUGUUGGACAGUUACAACACCGCAGGACUAGGACAAAUUAACAACAUCGUUAACAGUAACGGCCGUGUACUUGACCUAUGCUUUGUUAGUUUAGACUUAAUUAAUGACUGUUCCAUUUCUGAAGCACCGUCUCCGCUUGUAAAGAAAUGCCACCAUCAUCAACCUUUACAUCUUUCGAUUCGCGAUUGCUCGCCCAUCGUCUUUCGAGAUAUAUCUGAGUCUAUCUAUUAUGAUUACAAAAAUGCAAAUUUCCUCGCCAUGAACCAAUUCUUGAGUAACAUCAUUUGGAGCAAUGUUGUCGAUGGAAGAGAUGUCAACGAAUCUGCAACCGUCAUAUCGAACGUUCUACUGUACGCUAUAGACCAGUACGUACCCAAAAAGUUAAAAAAAACUCCCUGCUCCCCUCCCUGGACAAAUAGAACACUGCAACGUUUAAAAUCUGCCAAAAGAUCUGCUUUGAAAAAAUUCUCGAAAUUUCGCACGCGCCCAUUGAAAAUUCGUUACAUUAUUUCCAACGACAGAUAUAAACGUUUAAACAAACGUCUCUCUCGUAUCCACGAACAACGCACUCAAAAUCACCUAAAGUCCAAUCCAAAGGCCUUUUGGAAUUAUAUAAAUAAUCAAAGGAAGGAGUCAGGUUUACCAUCGGUCAUGAUCCGUGAUGCAAAAGAAGCUUCAUCUACCAAAGAUAUUUGCGAUUUAUUUCGUAAGCAAUUCAGCAGUGUUUUUACAUACGAUAAACUGAACUCUUCAGAAAUAUCUACUGCUGUUCUAAGAGUUCCAUGUGGGCUCCCCAUCGGUCAACAUCCUCGUAUCACUUCUGAUGCAGUUAUUACUGCAUGUAGAAAGCUAAAAAAAUCAUGUAACGUCGGUCCUGAUGGGAUCCCAGCGAUUGUUCUAAAACAAUGUUCUACAAGUCUCGCUACACCCUUAUCAUGCCUUUUCAACGACUCUCUGCGAUCAGGGAUUUUUCCUGACUGUUGGAAGCGAUCCUUCGUUUUCCCGGUUUUUAAAAAGGGAUGUAAACGCGACGUGCGCAAUUAUCGCGGAAUUGCAGCCUUGUGCGCUACAUCCAAACUAUUCGAGUCAAUCGUCCUGGAUUUUGUUACUCACAACUGCCGUAACAUAAUAGCUGAAGAACAACAUGGAUUUAUUCCUAAGCGAUCUACCAGUACCAACUUAGUUUCCUACACAUCAUACAUAACUCAUGCGCUCCAACAAAGACAUCAAGUUGAUGCGAUUUAUACAGACCUUACUGCAGCUUUCGACAAGAUCAACCACCGUAUAGCUGUUGGCAAACUCGAACAGCUGGGUUUUAAUGGACCUUUUCUUAAUUGGUUGCGUUCAUACCUAUUUGGCCGUCAAAUGAGCGUUAAAAUUGGAGAUACUCUUUCCCUACCAUUUGCUGCUACCUCCGGAGUUCCACAGGGCAGCCACCUGGGACCCAUAAUCUUCCUGUUAUACAUGAACGAUGUCCACCUUUUACUAAAAUGUGUCAAGCUUUCCUAUGCCGAUGACUUCAAGCUAUUCACCAUCGUAAAAUGUCUUGAUGAUGCAAGACUUCUUCAAUGCGAUCUAGAAAUCUUCGCUAAUUGGUGCAGCAACAAUCAGAUGGUCUUGAAUGCAUCUAAGUGCUCCGUAAUAUCCUUUACUCGUAAGCAUUCAUUAAUUAUUUUCAAUUAUGAACUUUAUGGCAAUAAUCUUCGGAGAGAUACUUCUGUUAAAGAUCUAGGUGUAAUUCUUGACUCAAAGUUAACAUUUAGAGACCAUGUUUCAUACGUAACAUCAAAGGCUUCCAGAACACUUGGAUUUAUCUUUCGUACAGCCAAAAAUUUCAGAAAUGUGCACUGUUUAAAGUCACUCUAUUGCUCUCUAGUACGCUCGAUAUUAGAAUAUGCAUCAGUGGUCUGGGCACCAUUCUAUCAAAACAGCAUCAGCCGAAUCGAGUCCGUUCAACGCAAGUUCUUACGAUUUGCCUUGCGCCAUCUUCCCUGGAAUGACCCGAUAAAUUUGCCCGCAUACGAAGACAGAUGUAAAUUGAUCGGUCUAGACCUGCUCAGUUGUCGUCGCAAUGUCGCAAAGGCUUUGUUUGUCUCCGAUAUUAUUCAAGGUAAUAUCGACUGCUCCGCAUUACUCCAACAGCUGAACUUCAACAUCCAUCGUCGUGUUUUGCGAUCCCAUACUUUUUUCCGCCUUCCUGUUGCUAGAACUAAUUAUGGUCAUAACGAACCCAUAGCCUGUAUGAGUCUCGUAAAAUCCGGCACGCAGCAGAACAACAACAACAACAAAAAAUGUUUCAUCGUACUGAAAUUGAUGGCUCCUAUAAAUUAUCCGCCGCUGGAAGCGAUUAAAGCUAAACCCUCCCUCCAACCCUGCUGGCUCGGCCAAAAGGGGGCGCGCAAAACAAACUUCACGCCGGGUUGCGCUUCGGGGCACCACUCGAGCUGCCAUCGCGUCGCGUCGAUAGCCUACGGGCAUGGCCUGGUCAACACCGUGGCCUCAUAG